AUGAUUCUAGGGUGGUCUACAGGCGAGAGCGCAGAACGAUAUCAAAAACGAGGCGGUUCGGGUUACGGUAUCACUACCACAGCUUCCUUCCCAACUUCUUACGGUGCAGGUCCCCCAUCGAGCACCGCCGGGUCCACAGGAGGUUUCAUCGGUCUGAUAUCGGGCAUUGCCGCCUUUGUCAUUAUUGCGACCCUGGCAGGACUCUAUCUCCGCAACCGCUACAAAAAACGUCUUCCCAAGCAAGCUUCCCACCCCGCCUCUCGAACCAACCCCACUCUCCCAUCCCUCUCCAUAUCCCGUCCCUCCACCGACCCGUACGCCGUCGGCCCCUCCGCCUCGCAGAUGAACGACACACCCAUAGCUACAUCUGGCUCUUCCUUUGCUCGGCCUAUGUACAGUCGACAAAAAAGUUCCGAGUGGGAUCUGCCGCUGAAUUCGGCAGCUUCGAGUGGAGGAGGAACGCCGAGGAAAGAGGGUUAUGGCGAUUUGGGCGUGGACAUGCCGGAAGAGCCUGGGGAGGCUGCUUGGCCGCUUAGGAAUGUUCAGCGAAGACCUAGCUUCUCGCCGCACAAAGGCAGCUUUUCGAGUGCGGGUUCGGGGGAUGACUAUGUGGGCAAAGGCAAGGGCAAGGGCAAGCUCUACGACCCUCCGCCUGCAGCCGGAAGCUUUCAUAAUCCAUUUGACUCGCCUUUCGAUGAAGCUCCCCCUGCCCACUCGAAAGUGGUGGAGGAUGAUACGAGUACGCUCGGAGGACGGUCGCCGUUGUUGAGACCCGAGUCAGCGGGAGAGUAUGGGGAGGAACUGGAGCUGGAAGAACAAACGCCGAGGGUCAGAGAUCUGGAGUCUGGGCGGCUGGAACCGUCAGGGCAGACGAGACUGUAG